AUGACUAGCCUGUCGAUCACAGUGAUGACGCUAAACCUGCAUGAAGGCGAGCAGCCGAGCGAGAGUCCCAACAGCUGGGAGAAGCGCCGGGACAUCUGCGUCAGCGUCAUCACCAGCUACUCUCCCACCAUCCUUUGCACCCAGCAAGGCUUAAGAUGGCAACUGGACUACCUACAACAGUGCUUGCCGGGUUAUGAACAGUUUGGAAUCUCGAGAAAAGGCUCACAGGACAACACUGAUGAAUACUGCACAAUAUUCUAUGAAAAGGAGAAGGUGGAGCUUACUGAAGGUGGCACUUUUUGGUUGUCGGAAUCACCAUCAGUUCCAGGAAGCAUUUCAUGGGGAGCAAAUGCACCCUGCAUUGCAACAUGGGCAAUAUCCUGUAAUGCGAUGCUUUUCUUGCUCUUUAUUGUUCUAUUACUAGAACCACCUGGAUUCAGUUUCCAGAUCGUAAACACAAAUCUUGAUGAAGUUAGCCCUCGUGCUCGACGAAGAAGUGCUUUACUUACAUGGCAACAUAUAGCAUCGCUGCCACCCAAUUUGCCUGUUAUCUAUUGUGGAGGCUUCAAUACACAGAAGGAAUCUAUGACUGGGCGGUUUUUGCUUGGCAGAUCCAGAGAACAUGGUGUUGUUGGUGAUAUGAGAGAUGCUUGGCCAAAUGCUCGAGUGCGAAAAAAUGUUUCACUAAUACACACAUAUCAUGGAUUUAAAGGGGAGAAACAAGGUGCCCUAGAAUUUCUUAAAUUAAUAUUUAGAGCUCUUUGCCUCUGCUGGGAUCGACAGACACAGGACUUGCAUAUUGACUGGAUCCUAUUUAGAAGACGCCCACUGGUUCCUGCACUUUGUGAGGUCAUAAAUGACAAUAUAGAUGGUGUUUAUCCGUCAUCGCACUUCCCUAUCUUUGCUGAGUUUUUGCUUCCACGCUCAGUCCGCCUAGCCGAGACAACUUCAUAG